CGAUGAGGAGAGGAGCAUGCUGGGAUUGAUGUUGUGCACACCACGUGACUCAGACCAGGAAGCAGAGUGAGUGUACAGCUCCUAGUCGGGGGAGAGGGGAGCUGCCUAGAGAAGUGUGAUGGACGGUGAGGACUGACACAUCAUACAGAGGACAGUGUGUGCAGGAAGAGAAACCUCCAAUACUACUGUAUCGGCUAAAGAAAGGCAUCAGGGAUACCUCUGGGGGCUGUGGCAGGGUCGCCUCAGUCUCUCCAACUUCAGUCAUGGAUCUCCAGGCUGGGGAAGAGACCUCUGGGAGCAGGGGACGAGGGGGACCUGUGUUGCACAUUGUAGUGGUCGGGUUUCACCACAAGAAGGGCUGCCAGGUAGAGUUCUCUUACCCACCCUUGAUCCCUGGGGAAGGACAUGACAGCAACCUUUUACCAGAUGAGUGGAAGUACCUGCCAUUUCUUGCAUUGCCAGAUGGUGCUCAUAACUUCCAGGAAGACACUGUGUUUUUUCACCUCCCACCUAGAAGUGGGGAACGGAAGACCGUUUAUGGCGUCUCUUGUUACAGACAGAUUGAAGCAAAGGCUUUGAAAGUACGUCAAGCAGAUGUUACCCGGGAAACUGUACAGAAAAGUGUUUGUGUUUUGAGUCAGCUGCCAUUGUAUGGGUUACUUCAAGCCAAACUUCAGUUAAUUACUCAUGCCUAUUUUGAAGAGAAGGAUUUUUCACAGAUAUCAAUUCUAAAGGAGCUGUAUGAACAUAUGAAUAACUCAUUUGCAGGGAGUACUUUAGAAGGAUCACAAUUAUUUCUAGGCCUAUCUCCACGGGACCUGGUACUUCAGUUUAGGCAUAAGGUUUUAAUUUUGUUUAAACUGAUACUGCUUGAGAAAAAAGUCCUUUUCUACGUCUCUCCUGUUCAUAGAUUAGUGGGUGCAUUGAUGACUGUCUUAUCACUUUUCCCAGGCAUGAUUGAGCAUGGGCUCACGGACAGUUCUCAGUACAGGCCUCGACAGAGUGUUGCAGAUGAAGAGGUGUUCUCUUCAACAUCUCAGGACUAUAUUCCUGCAGCUUCCCUAGAAAGCCCUAAUUCCAAAGAUGAGAGCAUUGAAACUAAAAACAAUCAUUUUUUAGAGGACAACAAAUCGGAAGCACCAGUGUUUGAGCCUGGAGUGGACUUAAAUGGUAGUAUUGAACAUCUGAAGCCUCCAUCUCGUACAUCUCCUGAAUCGACUGAGAGUGACUGGGAAACACUGGAUCCAAGCAUCCUAGAAGAAUGUAUUCCAAUAGAUGAAGGGGAAGUAUGGAAUUUGGGGCCAGGGCAAUCUGAAACUCUUAGUAAGGACGCUGUAACAUCAGGAAGUGUUCCCAUUACUGUUCAGCCGCAAUCAAAAGCAGGCCAGUCGGUAUUUGUCCCUGGAUUGAUAUCUGGUCUAGAAGAGGACAAGUAUGGAAUGCCUUUAGCAAUUUUUACAAAGGGUUACCUGUGUUUGCCAUACAUGGCACUGCAGCAGCAUCAUCUUCUCUCUGAUGUCAGCAUACGUGGUUUUGUGGCUGGAGCUACCAACAUACUUUUCCGACAACAGAAACACCUGAGUGAUGCCAUUGUUGAGGUUGAAGAAGCACGAAUCACUAUUCAUGACCCAGAGCUGAGGAAGGUGCUAAACCCAACAACAGCUGACCUCCGUUUCAUUGACCACUUAGUAAAACAUGUCACUGAAAACCGGGAUGAUGUUUUCCUUGAUGGAACAGGCUGGGAGGGUGGUGAUGAAUGGAUCAGGGCACAACUUGCGCUUUACCUUCAUUCUUUGCUGUCUGCUACAACGCAACCAGACAACGAGAAGAUUCUGUCUGAUUAUGGGUCUGCCUUUGUAGGAAUGUGGAAAAUUACACACAACUAUAGAGUGUGGAAUAGCAACAAACAUCCAGCUCUUGCAGAAGUCACUCCAAGCCAUCCAUUCCAGGGCAAUUACAGUGUAGCAGAUGUGAAGUUAAGACUUUCACAUUCUGUGCAGAACAGCGAGCGAGGCAAGAAGCUAGGCAAUGCCGUUGUUACCACCAGCCGCAAUGUGGUUCAGACCAGUAAAGCUGUAGGUCAAUCUGUGGGAGGCGCUCUCAUCAGUGCAAAGUCAGCCAUGUCUUCAUGGCUUUCUACCUUCUCUCAGACAGCAACCCAAGAAGAGAAGCAGUGAAUUGAAGAUUUGUUCUCUAUGACCAUCACCUUUCGCUGCAUUUUUAGCUGUUCCUAAUACCUACAACAGAAUUUUUCCGUUUCAGACCAGUUUUGUCUUCAUAACACAUGAACUGUACCGGUUGUUCCAUAUACGAACACAUACUGAAAUUGGAAUAAUAGCGGUAAAUGACGCUGUCUUUGUAUAGUUUACUUUGUAUAUGUUGUUUUACUUGGUGCAUAAAAUCAACUUAAUUUAUUUUCACACUUGUAGCUCAAGAUACGUUAAUAACUGUUAAAAGUAAAAAAGAUGUACAGAACAAAUUAUUUGAAUUUUUGGAAAUGAUCGCUAAAGAGACUGCAAUAUGAGUUAAUCAUGGAGGGGAGAGGCUGUGAAAUAAGAUUUUCUUUUUUUUUCAUUGUAUGCAAAGCGGGUCUGAAAACAGAUGGUACAAAGGUAGGACUACAAGACAUCUAGGGGCAGUUUUGAUUUGCAUCCUGUUACAGAUCUGGUCAUUUGGUAGUUGCUAUACAGAUGCAUACCGUUCUCAGGGAGAAGCUUUUGUAUGUUGAGAAAUUAUAUUUGAAGUAGUAUCCCACUCAUUCAUGUUCAUUCCGUGACUUGUCUGAAUGCUGACAUUUACUUGCAUACCAUUCUUUUCUAUUCAUACAAUUCUCCUGAGGAAACCCUGCUGUCAUGUAACAGGAUUCAGAUUGACACCAUUCUCGGUUUAAAAAUAGAUUUACUAUUAUAGUCAGUUUAUUAAUUAUUUAUACAUUUUAUGCUAUUUCAUAUUUAAAGUGUUU